CUUCCUGCAGGCGCCCUGGGUGCCUCCAUACCGUGCCCGCAGCAACACUCGCAGGCCGAGCUGGGCUGUGCCGUGGUGGGUGAGCUCAGGCUGCUGCUGAGCUGCGACUGGAGCCGUCGGCGAUCUCCACGGCUUACCGGAAUUGUCCCCGUAGCUGUUAACGAGGGAGGUGGAUCCAGAUCUCGCCUAGGAGCCGAGACGUGCGGGUGCCACCGCUGUGUCGCGUUAAGUUUAGAAGAGAGGGUGUUUCUGUUGUGUACUUCUAUGGUGGCCAAGCUCCUACGUUGACACUUGCUUUGUAAUUCCAUGGUAAGACAGCUUCUGAAAGUGUCAGUGUGGUUGCAGCAUCGUCUGGAUCCAGAGGUCACUUUUAAGAAAAUGUGGACUGUUAGAAGUCUUUGUAGUGCUCAAAUGCAGUUGCUUCACUUGAAGAAAGGCAAAAUAUGUAGUUGCAUGUUUCCAAAAACUCAGCAGUUAUGGAUUGGAAUUCUCAACUACUGUACCACAACAGCACCACGUAACAGAGCUCAAUCUCAGGUUUCCAAGUUAAAUGAUAAGCAAUCAGUAGUAGAUAAAAGAAUGUCUACUAGUGCUAAAGCAGCUGCUGGAAAAAGUCCUGGUGAAGUGUGUGAUGGAUGGCAACAUUCGAUAGAAGCAAAAAUGAAACACAUCAAUCUGUCAUUUGCAGCUUGUGGUUUUCUGGGUAUUUACCACUUGGGGGCAGCAGCUGCUUUUUGCAAGCAUGGUAAGAAGUUACUGGGAGUUGUGAAAGCUUUUGCGGGAGCUUCUGCGGGAUCUCUGGCUGCCACUGUCUUGUUAACUGUACCAGAAAAUAUAGAGAAAAGUAAGCAGUUUGCCUAUGGAUUUGCAGAGGAAGUUAGAAAAUUGGACUUCGGUGCUGUAACGCCUGGUUAUGAUUUUAUGAAAACACUUAGGGAAGGCAUAGAGUCUAUUCUUCCCUCAAAUGCUCAUGAGAUUGCUGAGAACCGUCUCUAUGUGUCAGUCACUAACACCAAAACGGGGGAAAAUCACUUGGUUUCCAAUUUUGCCUCUAGGGAGGACCUCAUUAAGGUCCUGCUAGCAAGUAGUUUUGUACCAAUAUAUGCAGGAAUUAAGGCAGUGGAAUAUAAAGGAGAGAAGUGGGUUGAUGGUGGCCUUACCAACGGCCUUCCUAUCUUGCCUGUUGGAAGGACUGUGACAAUUUCCCCUUUCAGCGGUCGAUUAGAUAUCUGUCCACAAGAUAAAGGCCGUAUGGAUCUCUACCUUAAACUUGCAAAACAAGACAUAAUGCUGUCUCUGGCCAACCUAGUAAGACUUAAUCAAGCUUUCUUCCCACCAAACCAGGAGAGAAUGGAAUCGUUUUACCAAAAUGGAUUUGAUGAUACUGUACGUUUUUUACUGAAAGAAAACUGGUUUGAAUAGAUGGCACAUUGAAAAUUAACAAAACCUGAUGGCUGUCAAAACACUGCAGAGUCUUGGCAAUUGUUGUCUCAGUUCUUGUUUAGGAACAUCAAACUCCAAAUGGAAUUGCAUCUGCUUCGGCUGAGAAAGUAUCUGCCCCACUCCAAAGACCUGUGUAAACAUGUCAGAAUGGGAAUUGUGCUUGCCUGGUAGCUUGUCUUUGCUUCAACUGAGGACCUGAGCGUGGAACUUUUGCAAAGCUUGAGUGAUCAUAGGUACAGAAGAUUGGAAGAGUCUUUGUGUUAUUUGAGAGACAAAUCAAAAUUGUGCCAUGAAAAAUUCCAAACCUGUGUUGCUCACUCUAACAGUUGCACAUGCUGAUUAGCUGAUGCAAUAUUACUGAUCUGAUACAUAUCGUGCACUUGAAUACUUAGCCCUACCCACAAGAAAUAAAAUAUUUGCACUCUUUGAUAUGUAUAUUUUUUAACCUUGACUUUUCAGUUAAUGUGAUCUUCUAAAAUGUGAUAUACUAGCUGAAAUUUGUGACUGAAGUCUGAUGACUGAAUGCAAAAUUACCUUGUAAAGAAGGAUGUAAGAAAUAGUUAUAUUUAUUAUGUUUUCUUCCUCUGCUAAAAUAGAAUAAAUUUAUUUUCUUGGAA